GUAGUGAUGUUAGCUUGACGCCGGUGCUCCGUGAGAGCAGCUCCCGGGAGUCCCGUAACAACGGACAUAUAUUUACCUUUACCUGUUUUACGAGAUUCAUUCAAGGUUAAUGAGAGAGCGAUAAACAUUUUCUGGAGUGGGAGGGACACACGGUGUUCAGGAUGACCGUCCUGAACCUGUCCUUCGCCGCGUGUGGCUUCCUGGGGAUUUACCACCUGGGUGCCAUGGGGGCCUUUCUCCGCCACGGGGAUAAGCUGCUGGGCUCCCUCAGGGCCUGUGCAGGGGCUUCGGCCGGCGCCUUGGUGGCCGCUGUAAUGAUCACGGCUCCUGACAAGUUAGAGCACUGUAAAGACUUCACCUACAAGUUUGCUGACAGCGUGAGGCGACAGCGGUUCGGUGCCGUCACACCAGGAUACGAUUUCAUGCUCACGCUACGGGAGGGAAUAGAAGAGAUUCUGCCCAGAGAGGCUCACAGUCUGGCCGCUGACCGCCUCCACGUCUCAAUAACACACUCCGAAAGUGGCAAGAACCACAUCGUAUCGCGGUUUACCUCCAGGGAGGAGCUCAUAAAGGCUCUUCUAGCCAGCAGCUUUGUGCCGGUCUAUGCUGGACUCAAACCAGUGGAGUUCAAAGGACAGAAAUGGAUUGAUGGAGGCUUCACUGACAGCCUGCCAAUCCUCCCCGAGGGACGAACCGUCACCGUGUCUCCGUUUGCCGGACUGCAGGAUGUGUGUCCUGUCCACAGGGGGCGCUUCAGCACUCAGCUACGACUGGCCAACAUGAACAUAAUGUUCUCCGUGGAGAACAUCAAACGUCUGAACCAGGCUCUGUUCCCUCCAUCCAGCGGCACCAUGCACUCCUUGUGUGAAGACGGUUUUGCUGACGCUGUGAGAUUCCUAAAAAAAGAGGCCUGGAUGAGCUGACAUCCCCUCGUGAAAACAACUGACACCAUCAUGAUUGAAUUUUCUGUAUUUUACUGUAUUUAUUUUUAAUAAAACUUUUAAAAAUGAA